GAAAGACUAAACUUGAGAAGCCUUUGAAAACACUGAAAUGACGACAGACGAGAUAUUUUUUCAUGGGAUUCCCAAAAUUCCGUAUACACCAGACGCUGGACUGCGAGAUUUGUUGUGCUUCAAGCACUAUAAUGCUGACGAAGUGCUGCUGGGAAGGAAGAUGGAGGACUGGCUGAGGUUCUCUGUGUGUUACUGGCAUUCUUUCUGUGGAACUGGUGCUGAUCCCUUUGGAUUUCCCACCCUUCAGAGGGCAUGGAAUGAGGGUGGGGCUGCUAUGAAAACAGCAAAGAGGAGACUCCAUGCCGCUUUUGAAUUCUUCACCAAAUUAGGUGUGAAAUACUACACCUUUCAUGACAGGGACAUGGCUCCAGAGGGCGCCACUCUGGAGGAGUCAAACAGGAAUCUGGACAAAAUCACAGAUCUGGCCCUACAGCUCCAGAACAAGACUGGGGUGAAAGUGCUAUGGGUCACCUGCAACCUCUUUGCCCAUCCAAGGUACAUGAAUGGGGCUUCCACAAACCCUGAUUGUCACGUGCUGGCCUACGCUGGAGCCCAGGUGAAGAAAGGAUUGGAAAUAGCCAAGAAGCUGGGUGCACAGAACUUUGUGUUCUGGGGUGGCAGAGAGGGCUUCAUGUCUUUGCACAACACGGAUGUGGCUGCUGAGCUGAGGCACAUGGCCAGCUUUUUCAAAAUGGCCGUUGCAUACAAAGAAAAGAUUGGCCUCCAGUGCCAAUUCCUCAUCGAGCCCAAGCCCAAAGAGCCGUGCAAGCAUCAGUACGAUUACGACGCCAUGAGCGUGAUAGGAUUUCUCAAGCACUUUGGGCUGGACAGCCACUUCAAGCUGAACAUCGAGCCGAACCACACAACUCUGGCAGGUCACUCCUACGAACACGACAUCGUGAUGGCCUCCGCGUUUGGCAUGCUGGGCUCAGUGGACUCCAACACGGGCUCACCCGAUCUCGGUUGGGACACGGACCAGUUCCCCAUGGACAUCAAGAACACCACCAUGGUGAUGAAGACUGUCAUAGAGCAGGGUGGACUGCAGCCCGGUGGCCUGAACUUCGAUGCCAAGGUGCGGCGGGAGUCCACGGACCCGGAGGACCUGUUCAUCGCCCACAUCGGCGCCAUGGACGCCUUCGCGCGCGGCCUGAGAAACGCUGUCAGCAUCAUCGAGGAGGGCGUGAUCAGUGACAUGGUGAAGGAGCGUUACCAGAGUUACAGCAGUGGGAUUGGCAGGAGAGUGGAUGAGGGAAGCGCCUCGUUGGAAGAGCUGGAGGAGUUCAUCAAACAAAAUGGAGAGCCGAAAGUUACAUCAGGGAAGCAAGAAAAAUAUGAAACCAUCUUUAACCACUACUUGUAA